AUGAGUGAAAAUUACCAAAUCCAUGAUAUUUUACACUAUUCAAGGAAGUCUAAGAAAAAUCGAAAUGGAACUUCCUUAGAAGCUUUUUCAAACAGUAGAAGAGAUGAUAAUGAGGAAUUACCAGAAUCGCCAAGAAGCGAUAGAGUAACAGCAGACACUGCAAGCUGUAGUUGCGAUAUAGACAUGGAUGUGGAAAUAGCUAAUAUUCUUCACAAAAAAUGUCCCGUUAUUGUAUUGGCUCAACAACAGUUACAACGACUUCUAGAUGAAACGGAUAAAUUACUUUGUGAUAAUAGUCAUUGUUGCAGAUCUAUAUACGAUGUUUUUAAGUUAUUUAAAGAAGUAAUAUGGAAUCAACAUAAAUGUAACUGUGCUCUUACAUUUAUAAUCCUACUAACGUUUAUCAUAGGCCUUAUACUCGGCGCAGCUUCAUGUGGAACUAGCCUGCGGAAGUUUAAUAGCCCUAUUCUUUCGUGUAUUGAUAAUUUAUUCAUAUCAGAUAAAUAUUCAACCCUUGAUGAUUCAUUUCGUGCUAUUGUUUGAUAUUAAAACAAUGUAUUUAUAUGCUAAUAUACGCUCUGCCACAUAA